AUGGAAACCCUAGCAAAUUGGCUUCUACCCGACACCCCCAAGCCUCUGGACAUCAAGCAACUGACUUUUGGCCGACCUGGGGGAAACAAGGGCUUCACCUUCUCCACCAUCCCUCUGCCCCUCAAGACCAAUGAGGUACUUAUUGAGGUGAAGGCGGCCUCACUCAAUCCAUGGGACCUCAAGGUGUGGAAGCAGCCCCAGACUUGGCUCAAGGAAGAGCAUGGCUUGGGCCAGGAUUUCUCCGGUAUCAUCAGCGAUCUGGGCCAGGGAGCUGCGUCAAAGGGCUGGAAGGUUGGCGAUCGUGUCUGUGGUCUCAAACUUCACUACGGUAGUCAGGGAACCAUUGCGUCCCACAUUGUUAUUGACCUCAACAAGACCAAGUACUCUAUGACCCACAUUCCCGACAACAUGACUUUCGAGGAGGCCGCAGCGUUCCCACUCGUGUUUGGAGCCGCCUGGGAGGGCCUGUCACAUUGCCCAAUGCAGGCGAUUAGAGAUCAGACCCUCAACGUCUGUAUUCUGGGAGGAGGAACAGCCGUGGGCCAGAUGGCCAUCCAGCUGGCCAAGAACCACCUGCGAGCCAAGCACGUGGUGUGCACCACAGCCGGCGGCGAGUCGGAGGAGAUUGCACGUGAUCUCGGUGCAGACCAUGUUAUCGAUUACAAGGCUGCCGGAAACGUCGGAGACGCCAUUGAGUACAUUGUCGGCAACCAGGAGCUAGACGAUACCAACGACCAGCACAGGGUGCGGUUUGCAAACUCGUACUCCACUAAUGGCGAGAAAUUUGACGUGAUCCUCGACUGCGCCGGAGGUGCUGGAGCUGGAGACGUGCUGGCGAAGGCCAAGUCGCUUCUCAAGCCCUACAAUGAGGGAUCCGCCUUUGUCACCCUUGUGGGAGACUACAAUACCCCCAAGGUCAAUGCCUCGGUUGUCCACGGCUCCAAUGGUCCCUCUCCUCUCAUUUCCAAGUCCAUCUCCACAUAUGACUCCGCUUCAUAUUGGUACGGAGGCUGGACUCAUAAGCUGGCUUUCCAGACCGGCUCUUCAGGUUUUAGAUACAUCACCGCCAAUGUCAAGGGCUCUGGUGACUGGAUCAACCAAGCCCACGCUGGCUUCGCAUCCAACUCUAUCAAGGUGCGAAUUGACACGGUAUACCCCUGGACCAAGUACGACGACGCCUUUGAGCAGCUCCUGAGCCGAAAGGUCAAGGGCAAAAUUGUUCUGCGAAUCCAGGACUUUUAA